AUAAAAAUGCAGAGUCAAAGUUAAAUCUCCCUUUCCGAAUUUCGUCUAUACACACAAAACCCUACAUUUUCAAUGGAGAACGAAGGAAGCAGCAGCAACAGCAAUGAAGUCCCGCCAUCUCAGCCGCUACAGUCUCUCUCCAUUUCGCCUCAACCGCAAUUGAGCUUGAAGGAGAGGUACGAUUUGAUAAGGAGCAUUGGCGAGGAGUGCAUUCAGGAGGAUGAAUUGGAGCGAUUGUUGGCGAACAAGCCUAACAUUGUUUGCUAUGAUGGAUUUGAACCGUCUGGAAGAAUGCAUAUUGCUCAGGGAGUUAUGAAGGCGAUUAAUGUCAAUAAACUGACUUCCGCGGGAUGCAAAGUGAAGAUAUGGAUUGCGGAUUGGUUUGCACAGCUGAACAACAAAAUGGGCGGCGACUUGAAAAAGAUACAAGUGAUAGGGCAGUACCUGAUUGAGAUAUGGAAAGCUGUAGGGAUGAACAUUGAAGGAGGCCAGGUGGAGUUUCUAUGGUCUUCUGAAGAGAUCAACUCCCGGGCUCACGAGUACUGGCCCCUUGUGAUGGAUAUAGCCAGGAGAAACAAGCUUCCUAGGGUGCUGCGGUGCUGCCAAAUUAUGGGCCGCUCCGAGCAAGAUGAAUUGUCAGCAGCCCAGAUAUUCUAUCCGUGCAUGCAAUGUGCUGAUAUAUUCUUCCUUAAGGCUGACAUCUGCCAGUUGGGUAUGGACCAGCGCAAAGUAAAUAUGUUGGCUAGAGAGUAUUGCGAUGACAUCAAAAGAAAAAACAAGCCUAUCAUAUUGUCUCAUCAUAUGCUCCCUGGGCUGCAGGAAGGACAGGAGAAGAUGUCGAAGAGUGAUCCAUCUUCUUCUAUCUUCAUGGAGGAUGAAGAGGCUGAUGUAAACCUGAAGAUAAAAAAAGCCUUCUGCCCACCAAAAGUGGUUGAAAAGAACCCGUGCUUGGAGUACAUCAAAUACAUUGUUAUCCCAUGGUUCAAUGAGUUCACAGUUGAGCGGAAACCAGAGAAUGGGGGCGAUAAGACUUUCAAGAGUUUUGAAGAUUUAGUUGCUGACUACGAAAGUGGACAGCUGCAUCCUGGAGAUCUCAAACCGGCUCUUGCAAAAGCACUAAACCGGAUACUGCAGCCUGUACGUGAUCAUUUCAUCAACGAUCCGAAGGCUAAGGAUCUACUGAAAAGGGUCAAGGGUUACAAGGUAACCAGAUGAUGUCUUGAGAAAGCAAAACAACAGUCUUCCGAAGAGGAUUGCAAACUUUUGAUCUUUACUAUCACAAUAGCAAUGGUAUUGCUUUUCUUGGAAUAGUAUUACUUUUUUUUUUUUUAAUGUUAGAUUCUUGUUAUUCAUUUUCCAUCAGAUUUAUAUUUCAACUUAUACUAUUUGAGUAGAAAUAUAGCAUUUUAUUCAUACA